CUACACAGGGCUGAGGAUGCCUAUAUUCAAGGCGAAGGCUUUGAUUCAGAAUAUCUUUACUCAGGAACCAUCGAAUAUCAUCAAAAAGUCGAGUUCCAUCAAUCUGAAUAUUGGAGGCGGGCUUAGAUCACACAAGAAGUGGCGCUAGCACGUCAGGUCACAAUAUGCGCCAACCUUGCGGAGAUGACUUUCGAGCGUUUUCCAACUACAUAUUACGACAGCCUACCGCCGGAUCACGAUUUGAGAUCUGCACAAGGUAUAGGGUUCAAAGGUCGAAGUCUUAUCCACUUGAUCAAUUGGUUCAAGUCCAAGCACUCACACGAACGGCGAGACUGCAUUUAUUCCCUGCUCGCUCUAUGUGGUGAGGGCUUCAAUCUUCAGGUCGACUACAACAGCUCAGAGGUGAAACUAGCAGAAAAAACACUAGCGUGCUGCAAGCAGUCAUUUUGCUUGUGUUCUAUCAAGGUUGUUGGGUAUGCGCUGGAUAUCGAAGAACACCGUUCCUGGGAUUGUGUGGACCAAACCUUGGAUCUAUCCUCCGAAGCUUUCGCAUAUAUGACCCUGCCUAUCGUUCGAAGCGCUCCUCUUUCGUGGACACACUAUGAUGACCCAGACGACUAUCAAACUUCUCGGGCAAAUCUAUGCGUCCGACACGCUGGUAGCGCUUGCUAUCAACUUUCACGCGAGGAAGAAAUGUGUGUCUUUCUUGACCCCAAAGGUGAUGCUCUAGUCGUUAUUUUCCCCAAACAGAUUUGUCCAUCCUCAGGUGCUGUACUUCUUGAGAUUAGGACGAACAUGAAAUCCUCUCAUUCCGUGCUGAUUGCAUGCGAUUUGAAUGGACGGAAAGUGAAGAGACGUCUGGUGAAUGGUAUCACUAUCAGGCUUUUGGGCGAUAUUUGUCAGGUCUUUUUCUCAUUUCAACUCUUGCUUAUCUUUAAUGAGGCAUUAGACAUUCCUAGACCAUGCGAUCGUGUCGUCUUACAGGGGACUAGAAGGGCAAAAUAUCUUAGUGAGCCUUUGCUGAGCCUCUGCUCUUAGGAAGACUGCUCGUCGGACAUGCUCCGUUGUUUCAAAGUUCAAAGACAGUCAGCAUCAGAUCAGAUGGAUGCCAAUAAUUAUCCAACCAUUCUAUACCACGAAUCCUUCCUUUCGGAUGUAUAACUACACCAGAGGAUUGGUCUCAUAUUGCUGUUCUCUUUCUUGUCAUAUAAGUAUAUAUAUCAUCCCUUUCCAACAGGCUCUUACACGCAUAGGCUCUCGGAAGUUCAACGUUUUUUCAUCGGCUCAUACAAGCCGUCCAGAAAAGGAAGAGAGCUAUGUGGUACACAUUGCACGCAUGUUUCCUCAUUAGUGAUCCUGCGGUAGAGUAGUGGA